AUGAUUAUAGAUAAUGCAGUAAAUGCAAUACAGGAAAGAUUUAAUCAAAUGCAAGAGUAUUGUGCUUUAUUUGGGUUUCUUUACGAUAUUCUUAACUUAAAGGAUAAAAACGAAGCUGAUAUUCUUAUGCAAUGCAAAAAGUUUGAAAGUGCCUUAACGCAUAAUUCCUGUAAAGACAUUGAUGGAGAAGACUUAUGCUGGGAACUUCAAAGUGUGUCUCGAAGACUUCCAAAAGUAAUGGGCCCAUCUGAAGUUCUUCUUUUCAUUUUAAGGCAUGAUCUCCAGAAUAGCGUUCCUAAUAUUUACGUCGCGUUAAGGAUUUUAUUAACUCUCCCUGUUUCUGUAGCAAGUGGAGAGCGCAGUUUUUCUAGAUUGAAAUUAAUUAAAACGUACUUGCGCUCAACGAUGACUGAAGAAAGAUUAGUUGGAUUAGCGACAAUAUCAAUAGAGCAAGAACUGGCUUACAAUCUGGACCUCUGUGAAUUAAUUUCAUUAUUUGCACAAGAGAAAGCACGCAAAGUAGCAUUUUAA